AUGCCUUCAUACGUUAUCACGGGAGCCUCUAGGGGUUUAGGAUUUGAACAUGUCCGUCAGCUCUCUGCUGAUCCCAACAACUUGAUCGUCGGCCUUGCGCGAGACAGAGAUGCUACUAUCAAGAAGGUCAAGGAGGAGCUAGGAGAAAAGCCGAAUGUCUUUAUCCUCCGUGGAGACUUGCACGAUAGGGACAGUCUGAAGGCAACCGCCGCCGACAGCUUUCCUAUCCUCGACGGCAAGUUGGAUUAUCUCAUCGCCAAUGCCGGUGUUGCUUCCAAAUUCGACUCAUACACCAACCUCGGAGAGCAAGGAGAUGACCCUGAUGGCCUCGAAAGGGAGUACCUGUCUCUCCACAAGACCAACGUCAUUGGCAACAUCAAUCUUAUCAAUUCCUUCAUGCCACAGGUUUUGGCCGGGAGAGAGAAGAAAGUUAUUGCCAUUUCCAGUGGUCUAUCGGAUUUCGAUGCCGUGAGAAAGCUGGACCUCGAUACUGCUCCUCUUUACGCCAUUUCUAAAGCAGCACUGAACAUGGUUGUGGCCAAAUUUCAGAGCCAGUACAAGCCCGACGGUGUCCUGUUCUUGUCCAUCUGUCCGGGCAUGGUUGAUGUGGGUCAGUACUCGAAAGCAACCCCAGUGCAGCUGCAGAGGAUCCAGAAAAUGGUUGGAAAGUUUCACGAGUUCUAUCCUCACUUCCCCGGUCCAGCCACCCCCGCCCAAGCUAUCCGAGAUGUAAUUUCAGUCUAUCAAAAGGCAGAUCUCGAGAACUACGCCGGCGACUUUGUGUCGCACCAUGGGAAUAAGGAGUGGCUCUGA